AUCCCCUAGAUGUAUGUUUCUCUAUUUGUUUGUCUUGAGCAUUGAUUCAGUUGGGCCGCAGUUCCCCGCUACGUUGCCUCUGCCCCACAACUUACCUCCCUUGGGGCAUUCAGAUGCAGAUUCUUGCGAGAACGUGAGCGUCCUAGACACUCCUGCAGUCAAUAUUUACACUCACACCUUUUCAGUCUCGGACCACACCAACAAUGCCCAAUACCCAAUUGUCUGCUGCUGUUCCCAUCACCUUCGAAUCCCGCCUACGCGAACAAUCGACCUGGUCUGUUCAUGCAGCAAUGCCUAUCAUCGAUGUCCCUCUCGCGCAGGGUAAAGAG